CAUCAUUCAUUUCUUACCUCUCAAGCCCCGCAUGCACAUAGCUUUGCCCCUCCCUCGCCCCCACUUCUUCCACUUCACCCCUUUUUCUUUAAAGUGGCAGAGAUUCACGUGCUCAUUCAAACAGAAUUUGGUUUUCAAAACGCCAAUAACUGCUUUCUAAUUUAAAUUCCUUUGAAAUCCGUUGAAGGAGGAAGAGGGGUUUGUUUAUUUUUGUGGGUUACGGUGGAUUUCUGAAAUGGGUCUGUGGGUUUUUGAUGGGGUUUUGCUUGUGCUUGGUUUUUUCUGGUUACUGAGCAGCGGCGGCAGAGUUGAGGGUUUUCCUAGUGAAGAUCUGGUGCUGCGGCUGCCGGGACAGCCGCCUGUUGGGUUCAAACAGUAUGCUGGGUAUGUCGAUGUGGAUGUCAAAAAUGGAAGGAGCUUGUUCUACUAUUUCGUUGAAGCAGAGCAGCAGCCAGAGAUCAAACCUCUCACUCUAUGGCUCAAUGGAGGGCCUGGUUGUUCUUCCGUUGGUGGAGGUGCUUUCACAGAGUUGGGUCCUUUUUAUCCCACUGGGGAUGGAAGAAGCCUUAGGACAAACCCCAUGUCUUGGAAUAAAGCUUCAAAUCUUCUGUUUGUUGAAUCUCCUGCUGGAGUUGGAUGGUCAUAUUCAAACACAAGUUCAGAUUAUGACUGUGGAGAUGCCUCUGCUGCCAGGGAUAUGCAUAUGUUUAUGAUGAAUUGGUACGAGAAGUUUCCAUCGUUCAAAGCUAGAGCGUUGUAUCUUACGGGCGAAAGUUAUGCAGGGCAUUACAUACCACAGUUGGCUAUUGCUCUGUUGGAUCAUAAUGAAAAGUCCAGUGGUUUCAAGUUCAAUAUCAAAGGAGUUGCUAUCGGGAACCCUCUAUUGAAACUCGAUAGAGAUGUUCCAGCAUCGUACGAGUUUUAUUGGUCGCAUGGGAUGAUUUCGGAUGAAAUCGGUCUAACCAUCAUGAACGAAUGUGACUUCGAGGAUUAUACUUUUUCGAGUCCUCACAAUGUGACACAUUCGUGCAAUGAAGCCAUAUCCAUAGCGAACCACAUUGUUGGCGAUUACAUAAACUAUUACGACGUCAUCCUCGACGUGUGCUAUCCAUCUAUAGUGGAGCAAGAGCUACGGUUGAAGAAAAUGGCUACUAAAAUAAGCUUGGGGGUCGAUGUGUGCAUGACCAUGGAAAGACGAUUCUACUUCAACCUUCCAGAGGUUCAGAAAGCGCUUCAUGCUAACCGAACUAAAUUACCUUACAGCUGGUCGAUGUGCAGUUCUCUAAUAAAUUACAGCGACACGGAUGGUAACAUCGACAUACUUCCAUUGCUCAAACGGAUAAUCGAAAAUCGAAUUCACGUUUGGGUUUUCAGUGGGGAUCAAGAUUCUGUCGUACCCUUGUUGGGAUCUCGAACGCUCGUCCGUGAACUCGCUCAUGAUAUGAAAUUCAAGAUCACGGUCCCAUACGGGACUUGGUUCCACAAAGGCCAGGUCGGAGGUUGGGCGAUCGAGUAUGGAAAUCUGUUGACGUUUGCGACAGUAAGAGGCGCUGCUCAUAUGGUACCUUAUGCGCAGCCAUCAAGAGCAUUACAUCUGUUUAGUUCAUUUAUUCAUGGUCGGAGACUGCCCAAUUCAACUCGCCUGUCGAUCGAAGAUUAGAUAAGUUUUCUACACAGAUUACUCUUACUUCAUAUGCAUCCUGGAAAAUGGAAAAGAAGAAAAUAAAUUAACAUUCAAGCCCCCAAGUGUGGGGCAAUUCAUAAUAUGAAUUAUCUGAUUUGUACCAGUUUCUUCUUAUUGAGUUCUUUGAGAAUUGGGUUGAAUUAGAAUGGAAAAAGAUUUGAUUCUCUGGA